GAACCUGAAGAACUCGCUAUUAGUAAUGGUGCGCUAUAUAUGGUUGCUGCAACUGAUGAUGUAUUAUACGAUGAUGUCCAAGGCGAUUUUGUAGUUAAUGAUGUCCUAUAUAAUAGUCAAGAUGAAUUUGAUGUUAUUAACGAUUUUUUACAUGGAAUUGAUCAGGAUAAAUAUGAAAACGGCAAUAUGAUGAACUUUGAAGGUGCUCAACACGAGUCAACGGUGGUAUAUAAUGAUUGGCACCAAACAAUUAGUGAAGGUGUCCAGGGGGUAGAAUUGCAAACGAAUACGAUAUUUCUUAAUUGGGAUCAUGCGAUGAAGGAAGUUGAAAAGUAUGCGAAGAGUCAAGGAUUUAGGUUUCGCUGUUAUCGCGUUGAAAAGUCGAAUGAAACAAUCCGAAGGCGCACAUUAGUUUGUGAGCACUAUGGUAAACCUGAGGCAACAAAGAAUAAGAAUCCAGAGAAAGAAACAUCUUCCAAGCGUGUUGGGUGUACAUGGCAAGUAAAUCUUUUAUGCCCGGAGAAAAACAAUCCUCACAAAGUUGUAUACGUUACAAAAUUGAUUGAUGAGCAUAAGAACCAUGACCUUGAUCGAGAGCAUUAUGAUUUUCAGGAAAGCUUGGAGUUUACAACGGAUAUGGUUAAUGACGUUGAGUUUUUUGUGACUAAAAUGAAUUGCAGCCCUCAGCAAAUUCACAAGGCUCUUGAAGAGAAGUACUGCGUGAAGAUUUACAUGCUAGUGUUACACAGGAUAAUUUGGCGAUUUCGGUCCAAAUCACGUGACCAUGCAAAUGAUGCAGGUCGUUUAUAUGAUGAAUUAUUAAAGAAAAAAGAAAGUGAUCCUCGAUGGUAUGUUGAAGUGGAUUGGGACCCUGAUAGCAAAUGCCUUCGCCGGUUAUUCUACAUGUCUCCUGAUCAAAUUGAACGGUGGUUAAAGUUUGGCGAUGUAAUUUUAAAUGACAAUACUUCAUCUACCAACCGUUAUGAGAUGGCACUGUCCCUUUUUUUGGUGGUUGACAAUCAUUUGUCUUCUCGGUUGGUAGCUCAGGCCUUAACGGAUGAUGAAACAAAGGAGGCACAUUGUUGGAUAUUACAACAAAUCAAAAAGGCGACAUCUGAAGCUGUUCCGCAUGUUAUGUUUACUGAUGCCGACCCUGCUCUGGUUGCUGCAAUACGAGAUGAGUUUCCAACAGUCAAUGCUUUUCAUUGUAUGUUUCAUAUUGCUCAAAAUAUUCCACUCAAUUUGAAAAAUAGUCUUAAAGACCGUUAUGAUGAGUUUAUUAAGAACUUCUUUAAAGUACAGCGGAGUAGCUUUAUAACCAUUUUCGAAUACAAAUGGAAAUGCCUAAUCGAAAAAUAUAAUAAUGAAAAUGUAGUUAACUACUUACAACGAAUGCUUUAUGUUAAUAAAGAAUCAUGGGCAAAGGCGUUUGUACUUAAAUUAUUUACUGCAGGGAUGUCAUCGACUUCUCGGGUGGAAAGUUACAAUUCUAAAAUCAAAAGGUUGAUAUUUAAUUCGAACACAACACUGUUAGAGCUUGCAGAAAAAUUGUCUCUAUGCAUUCUUGAAGAGGAUAAAAGGACAGAAUACGCAUUAUUUCGUGCAUCAAUUCCUAAAACUGUUCUUGUCACGACGGCCGAUACUAUCCUUCCAAAUGUCUGUAAUAUGUUACGGAAAUAUCUUACAGUGGAAAUGUUGAAAAUUCAAGAGGAUCAAAUUAAACAAGCACUUCACUAUCACGGCGUGAUAGUAAAUAAAAAUGAAUUACAACGAUAUUUUAAGAUUAAUCUCGAUGAUCCUGCCUUAUUUGACAACAGCCCAAGUUAUACCGAUAUCAUUGCCAAAUCAAUGCUUAGCCUUGUUGAUAAUAAUAAGAUCUUAGAAAUGUGGGGGGUUCGACAAGUAAUAUCUAAUGAUAUACGGCACUUUGUAGUACUUCUGGAUGAUGGGACUCACUUAUGUUCUUGUUUUGAUCACUGUAAUCGUGGAAUCGUUUGUCGGCAUUUUUUUCAAAUAAUGCUAUGUUCACGGGCUGCAACAUUCCAUAUUCAGUUAAUAAGAUCACGAUGGUAUAAUGAUAAUGAAACCAGUAACAAUUCUGCUCAUGACCCGUUUUUGGUUGCACAAAAAUUCGAAAUGGAACAACCAGUAACGAGUUGGAGUGGUCCAGUUCCUUAUCUUAAUGCACUAGUUCAGGUUCAAGAUAUGCAUAAUAUAAAUCGUAAAAUGAUAGAUAAGCGUAAGUUAUAUGGAGAAGCAUGGGGAAAAGCAAGAGCAGCCUUGAUGAUAGCUGUUCGAAGAAAUGACCACAGUUUUAUUGCGAUGCUUGAUAAGUAUAUAGAUAAUUGUAAUGAGUUAUCGUCUGAUAGUGACACAGCUUCGAGUAGUGAAAGUGAUGAUAAUCAUAAUGGACCUGAAAAAGGAAAGUUAAAUCCAAGCGAGCUAAUGAAUCCUCAUAAACGUAAGGGUAAAGGUCGACCAAAAGGGACAGGCAGAAUACGACGUGCAGGCGAACCGUCAAAAAAGACAAAACGUCAAUUACAUUGUAAGAUUUGCGAUGGUGCUGGUCAUAAUCGGGCAACCUGUUCUCGAAGGCAAGAAUAG